GUCCCAUCCAACCCCUUGCGUCUAUCUCCCUUGGUCACCGGCUGAACUUGCUAGAAUGAGACAGGCCAAGUAACGUAGCUUCAAGUCCUGCCUGCGUGUUUGGGGCUCUCGCGUAUUUGCUCCUGUUUUAUGUCUUUGUUUUUUCUUUUUAUCUUUUUCUCCGUUCGCGCUCGUUUAUUCAUCCCCCCCUCUUUCGCAACCCCCACCAUAAAACAAAAAGACGUCAAUUUCCCGUUCCAGAAACAUCGAUAUGUACAGAAUGCAGUUCUAGCGUUGGGCCAAAGCGGCACAGCUCUGUCCCAAUCAGAGCAGAUUGAGAUAUGCAUCAUACCCUGCCAUUGCUGAUAAGACUAGAACUGCAGACUGACACCCUCGCGU